UACUUGCAGGACGUUCUUUAAACUCUCACGUGGAGACAUGGCAUCUGAGGAGCUGGCCAAGAAACUGCAGCGCCGACUGAUGCUAGAGAUGUCGACAGAGGAUGCAAACGGCGAAAUGGCAGCAAAUAACAAUUAUAUAGACAUGGGUGUAGACACAGAGGAGAAACCAGUCACAAUAAGCAAUGCAGACACCGAGCUCUCCGCUAAACUGACCAGGAGGCUGGGCAUUAAUGAAGGGACUACGGAGCCCAAACAGGCGAAAGUGUUUAACCCUUACACGGAAUUCAAAGAAUUCACCAGGAAACAGAUCAAGGACAUGGAGAAGAUGUUCAAGCUCUAUGACUCUGGAAAGGAUGGCUUCAUUGACUUAAUGGAACUAAAGCUGAUGAUGGAAAAGCUUGGCGCCCCUCAGACUCAUAUUGGCCUGAAAAAAAUGAUCAAAGAAGUAGAUGAGGAUUUUGAUGGGAAGCUGAAUUUCAGAGAGUUUCUUCUGAUCUUCCACAAAGCAGCAGCAGGCGAAUUGGAGGAAGACAGUGGGUUGAUGGCUCUCGCCCGGCUUUCAGAAAUUGAUGUCUCCAGCGAAGGUGUUCAAGGUGCCAAGCAUUUCUUUGAGGCAAAGGUUCAGGCUCUGACAACUGGCAGCAAAUUUGAAGCUGAAAUCAAAGCCGAGAAGGAACAGCGCAAGCGCAUGGAAGAGGACAGGAAGCAGCGAAGAGCUGCCUUUAAAGAACUGAAGGCAGCAUUUAUGUAGAAGCUCCUGUAUCCUGUACUGCACAACUACUUGUACAGAUUUGUAAACCAUAGAACUAAAUUCUAACAGUUGGACAACUAAAACUUGCACUAAGUGACUGCUUCUCGGGUGGCAUUUUAUUUUAAUUUAGCCUAAAGUUCUAGACUUAUAACUUUUUAGUUGUCUAACUGAUUUGACUCUAUACACAAAGCCUCUAAAUUGCAAUCAUGCUAAUUGGUAUGACAAAACUAAUCGCUCUGGUUUAGAGGACUGUAGUCUGCUUAUCAAUUAAGAGGAUGUUCCUAAUCACCUUCUAUCUCCCUAUUUAUACUGUUAAAAUUAACAGCUCAGGGCUGUGCUUUUGUAGAGUUUAAUGCCUCUUAGAAAUGCUGCACUAAAUUGUACACCACUUGAAGUAUUUUUGAAUUUAUCUUUUGUAGCCUUAUUUUUAUAUAUAUAUAUAUAAUCGGCAGUUCAUUUGAGAACAAGUUUAGACCAUAGAUGCAGAAGUUAACUUUUUUCAAUGGUAUCCGUGAAAACUGCUUUUUGUGUUUUAAACAAGUAUUUAAUCCAAAGACCAAUAAUGAUGUUAACAAUUUAAUCUGCAAAACUAUAAAAGAACAGAUGCUUAAAAUGUUGUGGGUAAUAAUUCCAAAAUGUUAAUAUUGUAUCAAUAUUGAAUUAAGUCCACUUAAACAUCUUCACUGAAUUUUGAUAAUAUUUGGAAAUGAGUAAUGUGUAGGUUACAAGUUGCAAUUUUUUUCUAAACAAAUGUUGAAUAUCAACUGUACAAACAAUGGAAGCAUUGUGAAAUAGCAGGGUCUGUGUACGAACCUUCGAUGGCACAGAAGAAUUAAGGUGUAAAGCCUUGUUCAUGAUUGCCCAUCCUUGUGAUUUUCAAGGUACUGAGUGGUCUAGGAGAGGCUGUGUGCUGAAUUUUACCUGCCCCUAGUGGGCAUGUUUCCCGCGGGGGGCACUUAAAAUGAAGUGGGCACCCAUUUGACCAUCUUCCUGCCCACCCCCAAGCUCACUCCCAUAAUACAAGGGGGCGGGCAAGCCCCAAAAUCAGCAACCGGCCUGCCAUAUUUAAGUGAACAAUUAAGGCUCGAUUAGGCUUGUUAUCAAGACAAUUCACCUUGAUAAUAUACUGCCCAUGGCAUAAAAUGAUUGGCAUGGGCAGCAGGGUGAAGUGGGAAGCCCGAUUCUUUUACUUUAGGUGCUCAAAGGGAGGGGAGGUCGCACUUCGGGUGCUGCCCUUUGCUGAUCGUAGGGCGCCCCUCCCCCCCCCCCCAACCUUUGGUUGAAACUUCCUUCCUUCCUACCUGCUCCUUCCCUUAAAUCCACCCCCAUUCUCCCACUGCCCUUCUCCCUAAUCUACCCUAACACUCUCAGCUCAAGACCCUGGACUUAACUGCUCCAGGGAUCCAAGCCCUUGGGGUCCUUUCCUCACCAGCAGCUGCAGCAGCGGCCACUAAUGCCUUCCUGGUGCUGCCGCGACUGAUGGAGCUGCUGGCCAAUCUGAUUGGCCAGCAACUCCAGAGGGCAGGAAUUCUGCCCCAAUGAGGGUCGGAAGUCCCACUCGGACCUCCCCGCGUUCCCCCCUCCCCAAACCCCCCACACCUUUGGAAACCAUGUUGGCAUGGAGCUGACCAUCCCACGGUGCUUUAUGGCUGCAAGGCAGCCAGCUCCAUGCCGACAUG